CUUCAUCUUCCGAGCGUCCUCCUGCCUUGCGGUGGCGUGAUGAUUCAGACUGUUCAUCCAGAAGCUCGUAUCCACAAGCUGUGAAUCUUUCGAGCGCCCUUCUUUCGAAUGCACAUUCUCAGUGAUUAGAGAUCAUCAUAUUUCAUGCUAAGAAACUGUGUUUGGCGUCGGCUUCCAAAUGGGCGAUGGAAGAUGGGAAGGAUACAAUCAAUUUCAGGGGUGGAUACUGUUAUUUCGCUUUCAUAUGGGGAAGAGGUGACAAUAUCUAGUGAAAAGCUAUUACCUGCAAAUCCAGAUAUCCUUGAGGGUAUCGAUGAUCUUAUUAAGCUUAGUUACCUGAAUUAGCCCUCAGUUCUCUACAACCUUCAGUACAGAUAUUGUCAUGAAAAGAUUUAUCAUGAAAUGAAGAAAUUCACAAAGGUGAUUGUGAAAAUGAUGAAGGAAGAGAAGUUGUAUGGAUCUCAGGGUGGUCCUAUCGUCCUGUCGCAGAUAGAAAAUGAAUACAACACAAUCCAGAUUGCCUUUAAAGAUAAGGGAGCAUCCUACGUUCAGUGGGUGGCGCUAGGGACAGUUGUGCCAUGGGUUAUGUGCAAGCAAAAGGAUGCUCCUGAUCCAGUGAUCAAUGCUUGCAAUGGAAGGAAUUGCAGAGAUACUUUCACUGGCCCUAAUAAACCCUACAAGCCUGUGCUAUGGACUGAGAACUGGACUGCUCAGUACAGAUCGUUUGGUGACCCACCAUCUCAAAGAUCAGCCGAAGAUCUAGCAUACUCGGUCGCUCGUUUCUUCUUGAAGAACAGCACACUCAACAACUACUACAUGGUACAACUUGUUCUGAAUUUCUGAAACAACUUCUCGAAGACUCAAUGACUCAA